UUUCACAUUUGGUCAAAAGCCCAAAACAGUAAGAAAAGUGGUAAGAAAGGACAGAUCAGAGGGAACCCAGAAAGCAAAAAAGAAAAGAAAACAGAGAUCAAAGACAAUUUUGACAAAUGGGACUUCAAUUUCUCUUUCAUUUCAUUCCAAAAACACUAUUUUUUUUGUGGUUCGACUCAGUUUUUGUAUAAAAUAAUUCAUUCUUUUUGUGCCCUUCUUCUUCUUCUUCUUCUUCUUCUUCUUCUUCUUCCAUGGAUCCUAAAACUUCAUCAUCAACAAAGCAGCCCCAAGAACUGGUACCAAACUUUUUGAACUUCCCACAAGAACACCAACAAGAACAAUCGAUCAUGGGGGAAAACAAACCACCGGAAAUCAAAGAAGAAGGUAAGAAACAAUUAGCUCCAAAACGAAGCUCCAACAAAGACCGUCACACAAAAGUGGAAGGACGUGGCCGGAGAAUCCGUAUGCCGGCACUUUGUGCGGCGAGGAUUUUUCAAUUAACGAGGGAAUUGGGUCAUAAAUCCGACGGCGAAACCAUCCAGUGGUUGCUACAGCAAGCGGAGCCAUCGAUAAUCGCCGCCACUGGAACUGGAACGAUCCCAGCUUCUGCUUUAGCAGCAGUGGCGGGUUCCGUUUCGCAACAAGGGGUUUCUCUCUCCGCCGGAUUACAACAAAAAUUGGAGGAAUUAGGCGGUGGCGGGUCCAGUAGGGCCAGUUGGGGGAAUUUGGGACGACCCCAUUUGGCUGCUGCUGCCGCCGCCGCCGCCGCCGCCGCCGCCACAGCCACAGCGGUUUGGCCCUCCUCUGUCAGUGGGUUUGGGUUUCAGUCAUCAACUACAGCUGGUGUUGCUCAAUCAGCCACUAAUUUAGCUAAUGAAACUUCAAAUUACUUUCAUAAACUUGGUUUCCCAGCCUUUGACUUACCCCCCACCAACAUGGGUCCUAUGAGUUUCACCUCCAUUCUAGGUGCAAACGCUCAACAGCUACCUGGUUUAGAGCUUGGAUUGAGCCAAGAUCCCCAUAUUGGGGCUAUCAAUCCACAAGCAUUGAACCAGUUUUACCAACAAAUGGGCCAAGCUAGAGUUCAUCACCAUCAUCAACAACACCAGCAACCUCCUGCUAAAGAUGAUUCACAAGAUUCAGGAGAGAGAGAGAGAGAGAGAGAGAUCUUUACCUGGUUUGCACCUCCUCCCCCUGUGAAUGGCAAUCUUUCAAGCUCUUCUUCACAUGCCAGGUGUGAUUAUCUGCAACUUAGAGCAGCUUGGCUUGAGCUUAACUUCAUUUUUCUGUUUGUUUCUCUAUUCAAAAGGCGUGUUGAUCAUGUAAGGCAAUUUUACUUCUUUUCUAGUUCUUGAUGGAAUGAUGAACAAUUUGUUUGUGAAUUUUAAGGUAUAAUUUUUUCUUGUCCCCAA